AUGCCGUCUGAAAAAGACAAGAUGCUUGCUGGAGAGCCAUUCAACCCCUUUGACAAGGCCUUGAUGCAAGAGCGUCAUUUGAGCGCGCAAGCACAAUCUUAUUUCAACGGCAAAGUCAACCCCUCCAACGUUCUAUCGAGUCACACGGUCGACCACUUUUUCAAACAAAUCCUGAACGCGGGUAAGAGAGGCGAGGAAGGGAGACGAAUCGAAACUCAUAUGGCUGAGACCUGUCAUGUUGCUGCGCCCUUUGCUUGCGACUACGGCUACCAUCUGAGUUUGGGUGAGAAUGUCGUCAUCGGCGCUGAUUGUCGUUUUCAUGACUCGGCGAGGAUUGCCAUCGGAAGGAACUGCAAGAUUGGGGUUCGAGUCACUAUACAGACUCUGAAGACGCCGACCGAUACAAAAUCCCCAAAAGGCAGCAACGGCGGCACAGAGGUUGCGCAGGAGGUCCUUAUCGGGGAGAACGUGUACAUUGGUGAUCACUGCAUGAUCGCGGCUGGAGUCCAGAUCGGUCCUAACACCAUAGUGCGUCCGGGUUCUGUGGUUUUAAGCGUAAGUUCAUCACCACAUUUUUUCAAGCACUUUUAUACUGACCUCGCGUAG